AUGCAAGAUCAUCUCUAAUAAUCAAAAACCUUGUUCUUGAUGCAUAAAAUUAAGAGUUAUAAGUAACAACCAUAACUCUCUAAUAACAUAUUCGAAGAACAUAAUCCUUAUUAUGGACCAUAAUAUGAUAAUAGUAAUAAAAUUAUUGCUCGAAGUGUUGUUGGAAAACCAGAUGUUAUUGAAAAAAUAAAAAAGAAAAUAGAAGAAUCCAAACUAUCUAAUUCACCUAAAAUGAAGAACUCAAUUAUGUAUUAAAAAAUGAAACAAUCCUAUUCAAAUCUCUCUAAUAUGAAGAAAUCAUAAUCAUCUAAUAAGAUCCCUCUUUUUCAUGAUCCUAUACAUUCAAAUAUCCUAUCUCGAUAAGUUUCUCAUAAUAAAUCUACAAUGGCAACAUUAGUAAAUCAUCAUGCAAAUGUUAAUGUAGAAUAAUAUUUAUAGGAAACAAAAAAUAGAAUACAAAGAAAUGAAAUGGAAGAAUUAAAAUUAGAAAAGUAAUUAAAUUUAUUUGAAAGAAAUGCAAAUACUAGAUAAUAAAGAGUUAUAACUUCUUUUCAAGAACGUGAAUAAUCUUGGGAAUUAGUUAAUAUGACAAUUUAAAGUAAAUGUUAGGCAAGAAGUAGAGACAAACUCACUUUAUUAUAAAAGAGUUCAGGUAAUGAGAUAUAAAAAUAUUAGUUGAACAGCUUAUAGACUAAAAAAGUAGAUUCUUAAUGAAUUACCAUCUCCCCCAUAAAAUUGGUACUAAUAAUUGAGAGGAUAAAGUUACACAAUAGAAAAGGAAGAUGAUUUAUCUAACAAUUCAUAAAGAAUAAAUAUAAAUUCCAAGACAUUAUUACUGAAAUAUGCAGAUAUAGAAAGUAGUUUAAAAGUUAAAGGAGAGAGUAAAUUGAAAAAGGAAUUCGAAAAACCAAAAUGUUCUUUAAUAACAAUGGUAGGAUAGGAUAAAAUUGAAGAAAGUGAAGUCUUGCCCAAAAUAAAAUAUUGA